AUGCCUGUACGCCUCCGAUAUUUAUUACACCGUUUACCAUUACCAUCACUUCAAUAUUAUACAUUGCUUAGUAUUUCUUUAUUAUUUGCAAAUAUUCUCUACUAUCAUCAUUUAAUUCAAGUGAAUGUUAAAAAUUUUACGAAUGAAACAAAUAUCAAUGGGACAGUAUUUGUUACUGAUGCGAAACCUUUUUCAUAUGCAUAUAUUCAAGCACUUGUAUCCAUACUUAUAUCUCAAACAUUAUCCCUUCUAAUACUUGUUAAUGCGAUAUAUUGUUCAUUUGGAUUAUUUGUUAAAUAUGUACAAGAAUUAGUCUUUGGCGAAAUACGUUUGGUUGAAUUACAACGAAUAAAAGAAAAAUUUUGGAAUUAUGCAUUUUAUAAAUUUUGUUUUCUAUUCGGUGUACUUGGUUUAGAAAAUCUGAAUGAACUUGUAUUAUGGAUAUCGUGGUUUUCAUUUUUAGCCUGUGCACUUCUUCUAUGCCAAUUAUCGAAAGAUCGUUUUGAACUGUUAUCAGUUUCGGCAUCGAUACGUCGCCGACCACUUGUCAAAAUUCUUUGUUUACUUAUAUCAUUACUUGCAAUAUCCUCAAUUUUAUUAACAAUUUGUUUUCUUGUUGGUUUAAAAUAUGGUGGUUUAUCAAUAUUUUUCUUUAUGCUAGCUGAAACAAUUUUAUUAAUACUCGAUAUAUGUUAUCUUCUAUUUAAAUACACAUUUCAAUAUCAUAUAUUUGAACAACAAGAGCAAAACCCAUUAUCAGCAUCGAAUGAACAUCGUUCUUAUAUGAUUUAUUAUAUUGAAUUUUUAUAUCAUGUAAUUACUUUAAUUAUUGACAUAAUACAUAAUUUACAAAUGUUAUUUUAUCAUCAAACAUUUAUGUCAAUGUCAUCGUUAAUAUUUUUUAUGCAACUUAAACCAUUAUUUAAUGAAUUAACACAACGUUUAAAACGACAUAAAUCAUAUCGUAAUGCAAUGAUACGAAUGGAAAAGAAGUAUCCAUUGUUAACGAAAUAUGAUUUAGAACAAAAAUAUAUGAAACAAAAUCAUGUAUCAAGUUUAGAUGAAGUUUGUUCGAUUUGUUGGGAAAAAUUUGAAAAAGCAAGAUGUUUACCAUGUGGUCAUUUAUUUCAUCAAAAUUGUUUACGAAGUUGGCUGGAACAAGAUACAACGUGUCCAAUAUGUCGUGUAUCUCUACAAGAAGAUAACGUACAACAAACUCCUAAUGUUCCUAUUGCACCUCCGGCAACACCUAAUUUUCUUCUUUGGCCAUCUUUAAUUCUUGCACGCCGUCCACCAAAUGUACUUGGCUUACCUGAUACAAAUGUUCAACGUCCACCAGGCAAUCAUUUGUUUCGUUUCGAUGGCAGUCGAUAUUCAUCUUGGUUACCGAGUUUUUCAAUUGAAAUCAAUCAUAAUUUUCCAUUUCGUCUUGGUCGUGCACGUCUUACUGAUGUACAAUUGACAAGUACAGCGCAAAGUAUACAACAAAUAUUUCCACAAGUGUCAUAUGAAAUUAUUCUUGCCGAUUUACAACAAACACAGUCAAUUGAUGCAACUAUUGAGAAUAUUAUGGACCAUCGUAUUCAAACUGAACCCCAACCAGCUCAUAAUCAACAUGAUACAUCAGGCUCAGAAGAAUCUUCAUAUACAUCGUCAUCAUCGGCGGCAUCAUCAGUUUCAUCUUCAGAAGCUGGCGAAUCAGUUGAUACAGAUGUAUUAUCUGAUUUACCGCGAACAACACAACCAGAUGAAUUAGUCGAUAAUGAUGAUAGUGAAAAUUUCACAUGGCCAUUAGAUCCUCAACUCUCAUUAGUUAGUCGAAAGCAAUUAUUAAUUGCACAUAUGCGAAGACGAUUUCUUGAACACGAACGUCGCAGUCAAUUAGCAACAAAAAAAAUAAUGAGUCGAAGAGUUGGUAUCGGCGCGAUUCAGCAGCAAAUGCUUCAAAAAGCAAAGUUCAAUGAAAAAGGUUCAGAACUUGCACGUGAUCAUUUAGAAAAGCUUGCUCAACAAUUCGAAGUAUUUCGUGCUAAUUUGGAAAAAUUUGCUGAGAAACACAAGAAUGAAAUAAAAAAAGAUGUUGCAUUUCGGCGGCAAUUUCAAGAUAUGUGUGCGACUGUUGGUGUUGAUCCACUUGCAUCAAGUAAAGGUUUUUGGUCACAAGUUCUUGGUGUUGGUGAUUUCUAUUAUGAAUUAGCUGUACAAAUUGUUGAAGUAUGUGUUGCAACAAGUGCACAAAAUGGUGGCCUAAUUUCGCUUGAUGAACUUCUAAUACGUCUUCGGAAAGCUCGUGGAAAAUCUCGUUCAGCACAAGAUGUUUCACAUGAUGAUAUUUUACGUGCGAUUAAAAAAUUGCGCGCACUUGGCGAUGGUUUUAGUGUGAUUGAGCCAACGAACGGUCAAGGACGUGUACUUGUACAAUCGAUACCAGGUGAAUUAAGUAUGGAUCAUACAGCAAUAUUAAAUUCACUUCAAACACGUUCGAGUUUUACGGUUGAGCAAUUACGCGAGCAAUUCAAAUGGUCAGAUGAUCGAAUAAAAGCCGCUAUUGAUUUCAUGAUCAAAGAAGGUCUGGUGUGGGUUGAUAAUAAUGGACGUAAUACAGAAUACUAUUUGCCUGGUUUGUUCACUGCACAGCGUGUGACAGCCGGCGAAAGUUUUUAA